CACACAUAGAGAGAGUAUAUAAGCCUGGUCUGUUGUCUGGUAUCACAUUCGUCAGUCCGGUGUAUCUCAGCAUGGAGGAGACCUACGUCAGGCAUGUGGAGCUGUUGGGCUUUGAAAAGCGUUCGUACCCGAGUCAGCACUUCGUUUACAUGCUGAUGGUGAAAUGGAGCGACCUCUCCGAGAAGCUCAUCUACAGGACGUAUCCUGAGAUGUACGUCUUCCACAAAUCGCUGAAGGAGAUGUUUCCCAUCGAGGCGGGUGAAAUAGAAAAGAAGGACAGAAUCAUCCCGUCAUUACCAGCGCCGCGGUGGCUGUACAGCGAGAAGUCACCAGAAACCAGGCAGACCACCUUGACGGAGUACUGCCACUCGCUCAUCAACCUGCCGCCUCACAUCUCCCGCAGCAAACACCUCUCCAGCUUCCUCAGGGUUCGACCCGAAGACGAGAACCCACCUGCCGCAAACCCAAUGAAAAGAAACGAGACGUUUGUGGUGUCCAGGGAGUUGGCCAGAGGCAACGUAUCCGAGAUUUCCAGCCCCAUCAUAUUGGACACCUACAGCGUGAUCGCAGACUUCACCAAGACGUCCAAACACGAGAUCAAUCUGCACGCCGGAGACCUGGUGGAAAUUGUGGAGAAAAAUCAGAACGGUUGGUGGUUCUGCCAGUGUGAGUCUAAACGAGGCUGGAUUCCUGCGUCCUACUUGGAGCCCCUGGAUGGACCGGAGGAGGCCGAGGACGCCGACCCAGACUACGAAGGAGAGCUGCACAUCACCAUCACAGCCUACAAGGCGGAGCAGGAGGACGAGAUGUCUCUGGAGGUCGGUGAAACCGUCGCUGUCAUUCACAAGCUGCUGGACGGCUGGUGGGUCAUCAGGAAAGGAGAUGAGACCGGUCAUUUCCCCUCCAUGUACCUGCACAAGGCCGGCAAGAAAGAGCUAUAUGAAGCCGAGAGGACGAAGCUGCAGGGAAAGAAACCACCACCUCGCAGAUCCACCAUCCGAAAUGCCAAGAGCAUCCACAAAAAGGCUCGCCAGCAGCUCAGCCAGGACGCCUACCGCAGGAACAGCCGCCGGUACCUCCAGCAGAAAGGCGUUCCGCAAAAGAACUCCAAGAACCCUGCAAAGUCACCGCUGAGGGAGAUGAAGAACCAGGACAACAUUCCUGAGGUGUCCAGCUCCAGUUCGGAGAGCGAGUCGAAGAAGGAGGCUCCAAUCAUCCCCCCUCGGCCCAGUCCGGAGCUCAUCCUGGAGCGCUGCAGCGACAACACCCGCAAGAAAGUCAGCAUCCACGGGUCACGCACCAGUUCCAGCUCCAGCACCAGCUCCACGUCCUAGCACCGGGACUCUCCGCACUGUAUGUUGUAAAAGGCGCAACGAAAUACUUGAAGAGCUUUUUAUUGUUUCUAUUGUUUGAGUAAACAUUUUGGGAAAAUAAGUUAUGUUGCAUUACAUUACAAUAAAUUAUAUGUUGUUUGGGAAAAUUGUGACUUUAAAUAAUAACUGAUAACUUAUUUUAUAUUUUUCUUAUAGUCAAAAAAUCCUUUGAAAAGACCAAAACCAAUAAUGUGUUAGUUCAAGUUUUUUUCUCGUACAUUUAUUAUUUUAUUACCUCAGAGAAUAUUUAAG